AAGAUACCCGACCUUCUCGAGUCGCUUGGCUUCCCGGCACUGGGCACUGUUUGGCCAUGAUUGCAAUGAGUGGGUGGGUGUAUUCAGGUUCCAGAAGGACACAACUGUCCUGGCUCAAAACGGGACACCCCGUUUUAUUCUGGGAGCGCUGCAAAAUAAAGUAAAGUGGAAUGAAAUGGAACAUUUACAAACAGCGAGCAGGGGACGGCGACAAAAUAGCUACUUCUCCUUCGUCUUCUCUCUCUCUCUCUUUCUGCUUCUACACAACCCGUGUCGACGGAGCUACCAGGCCGGCCUUGGAGCAUAGCAGAUCCAGCUCCGCGACAAGCUCCUGGACCUUGCUGACAAGUGUUCGUUUCCGCGAGCGGAUGCCGUCCAUGGACGUCCUCAUCAUUUCGCUCGUCUGGGUGUCGAUCUCGCAGAGCGAUUCGGACUUUGCUGAGGAAAACAGCCCAAAGGCAGCCGUGUCCUUCUGUCUGGGCUGGCCCGACAGGAACGACUCGAGCACACCGAUCUGCACGCUGUCCAGGCGUUCCAGUAACCGGAGCAGAUGCUCAUCUACCUCCUUGAGCUUCUUGUCCAUGCCCGCGGCACUGAUGCGUUCUUUGGAGUCCAGGCUGGGCUUUCGUUGCGGGGUCGACAAGCCGUUGGCGGACGAGGCUGAAUGUGUUGACAGGGUGGGCGAGGGGGUCUUGUCGGCACAGGCAUCCCCAGCCGGUUGCACAUGGGUGCCACCCAUGUCGCUCGGAUGCCCUUUGACACGACCCCCUCCCUCGUUCUCUUGCUUAUGGCAGUGACUCACCUUUGGCUCGAGUCGUUCGUUGC